CGAUAACCCUAACGAUCACCACCCUAAGAGCGCGAGCUUAGACGCCAGUGGUACCGACAAGAUCUGCCUCAUCUCCCUGUGUCCCUGGGACGAGCAACGCCAUAGAGCCGUCACCUCAUCUUCUUUGGGCGCUGCUGCAUCGGCCAUGGCUGUGCAAUCCCGCAUCCUUGCUGUUGCUGUGACUGUGGCGUCAUUAUGCGUCUCAUUGAGCAAGGCUGCCGUGCUGGAGCAAGACAGCAGGCGACGGGAGGCGGUUGUGACAUCUCUGCUGGUCGAUGGCGUGGACGCCUACUGCAGUCAGCUGCAGGCCGACGAGUGUGGGGCGUCACAGGUGUGCGAUGUUGUCGACGACGGCGGCUGCCUGUCACAGAUGAACAUAUAUGAGCUGUCAACUCGCGGGAUCAGCGAUGCUCUGGGGGACCUCAUGGCGGCCGAAGCUGAUGCUGAUCAAGAGCAGGAGGAAGAGAGUGGGUGGGAUGCACUAUCUCUCGUGGACAGUAUGCAGCAGUUCCUUGGUGUGACACCCGGCGCAACUGCUCCGGUGAGUGUGUCGUCACUGCACGCAAUGUAAUGUCGGCACGCCUGUCGGUCUGUCUGGCUAUCUAUGUGUUGUCCGGCACUGCGGUGGUUGAUGGCUGCAGGUGCGUCAGCCGUCUAGGCGCCGCUAUGCGUCACGCCUUGCUCGCCUCUCCGCUUCAGCUACAGCCGCUAUCGCAACACAGUGAGUGCGGUCAUGUACACAGAGCAACAACGCCCUUGAGGGAGAUGUGCGCUGCUUUAUUGCGUGCACAGGGAGACCGCCGCACUGCCCUCAUCUCCCUCUGUGUCUUCAUUGCCAUUGCCGGAGGACGGCCGUGUCAAGUUUCCUUUUCUGAAGGCGGAGCGGUUCCAGCAUCCUCUGGACGUUCAGGCCUCUCGCCAAGUGAGGGCCGUCAGGGGCGUCGAGCAGGGCAUCAGAUUCUUGUUCAGGUAAGCCGAGCGCCCCUCACAAACACAUCACACAUCCAGCGCGCUUCACGCAUACCACACAAGGAUGUGCGUGUGUGUGCAUGGACUGGGCAUGUCAGUGCGGUGCUUGAGGAUGUGUUGCUGCUGGACAAUUUGUCGUCGUCCGUCAAGGUGUCGGCCAAGCAGAUGCCCCGGCUGCACGCUCUGCUCAAGGAGGCGUGUGAGAUACUCGACAUGAAGGACAUGCCAGACCUCUACGUGCGGCAAAACCCACAGCCAAAUGCAUACACUGUCGCAAUACAGGUAAGUGUGGAACAUCCAUCGAUGGCCUGCACAGCACAGCACACACAUACAAAGCAAGCAAAGCACAACCCAGCCCCAGCAGCGUAGCGUCACGUCACUCGUGCGUGUCUCAUUGACUGCAUCCACAUGAUCUGAUCUGCCUGGCAGGGUCGGAGGCCGUUCAUCGUGGUGCACAGUUCCCUGGUUGACCUGAUGACGCCCGCUGAGGUGCAGACCGUGUUGGCUCACGAGUUGGGUCACCUCAAGUGCGAGCACGGCAUCUUCGCACUCUCGUCGGGGCUGCUUCAACUCAUUCUCGACUCGCUCGGCGGCCGGGUGGGCCGGCGACUGGCGGCAGCACUCGAGCUGGCCACUCUCAGGUGGUCAAGGGCCGCAGAGUUCUCCUGCGACAGGGCUGCACUACUUGUAGCACAGGUGACUGAGUCAGUGAGUGAGUGGGACAUAGAUGAGAGAGCAGCGCAUCUUUAUCGAUGAGUUAUGUCUGUCGUGUUGAUUGACGCAGGACGUGCGUGUGGUGGUGUCGACCUUCCUCAAGCUGGUUGGCGGGAGUGCGUCCAUGUCAAACGAGCUGGAUGUUGAUGAAUUCCUCGCACAGGUCAGUCAGUCCCAACCGCACCGCGCCCCUCCCCGCCCCUCCACACACACUGUACAUCUGGAAGACACCAAUCAAUGCCAUCUGUAUGUCACCUGUGUGUUGGGUGUAUGCAGGCCAAGGCGCUAGACGAGUUGGAGCGUGCGCCUUUGAUCCGUCUUUUCCGCGAGGCUGUGGCACUGAGGUCCACCCACCCGCUGCCGGUCCUGAGGGCACAGGAGCUGGAGCGGUGGUCGAGGGAGGCGCAGUACCAGGGGCUGCUCAACCGGGGCGUCCCUUUCACCACUGCUACUGCUGACGUGCCAACUUCAUGAUGGAUGCAGCAGACAUGGACGAGUUUUGCGCGGGGGGGUGGGGGGGUGGGCAGGUGGCAGUCAGGUUUGUGCAAAGGCAGUGGGGGUGGCGGGGGGAAGCAAGGACAUCCAUAUUAGAUAUCUGUCUGUCUCCCUCGAUGAAUAUCUAUCUGAGUCUGUAUCCUGUACAGUCAGUCAUAUUGAUCAGCUCAACCCGUCAGUCAGGAUUGAUGAUCGUCGAUUCGCCGGGUGGUGGGUGGAUCGAUGCGCACACACAUCCAUUCCAUGUUGUGUUGUCCGUGAGCGAUUUUGUUUUGUGUUGGUGCUGUUUGUCGGUGGGGUGUGAGUGAAUGAAGUGCAGUCUGGUCUCUCUGAUGGAGAGGGAGGGCUGUGGCAUACAUGUGUCUGUCCAAUGCAUCGGGUUUAGGCGCUCGGAGAGAGAGGUGAGUAAGAUGACUAGAGUGAGUGGGUGGGUGGGUGCGUCAGCCUGCCCUGCCCGCCUUCCGUCUCCCUCUGUCCUGUUCACACGCAGAUGGACAGCAUAGCAUGGUGCUGGUGGGUGGAUGCGAUGCGAUGCGAUGCAUGUAUUCCGAAACGCUUCACGAGACAGACACAUCCCAUGGCAGUCCAGUCAACCGCUUGCCCUCGCAUCUCA